AUGUCGAGUUCUCUCUUGCUAGAAACAUGUACAAUUGCGACAAUUUGGCUGCGUACCAAGCCAGCUCCGAGUCUGUCCGUGAUGCGCUUUUGCUUGACUGGGCCCAACACCCAACAGAAGCAAACCGUGCACGACGGAAAGCGUGUCUACUACUUGUCUUUGGAGUUUUUGAUGGGCCGUGCCAUGGACAAUGCGUUGAUCAAUUUGAAGUCGCGCGAUGUGGUGGGCUCGGCCUUGACUGAUCUCGGUUUCAACUUGGAAGAUGUCUUGACUCAAGAGCCCGAUGCCGGAUUGGGUAACGGUGGUCUUGGUCGUUUGGCUGCGUGUUUUGUAGACUCCUUGUCUUCCAAGAACUACUCGGGUUGGGGCUACGGUUUGAACUACCAGUACGGUAUUUUCAAGCAACGUAUUAUUGACGGUUAUCAGGUGGAGACUCCAGACUACUGGCUCAAGUUUUCCAACCCAUGGGAAAUCGACAGACACGAAAUCCAGAUCCCCGUUGAUUUCUACGGAACUGUGGAGGAGCAGGUGGACGACGCUGGCAAAGUGAGGAAAGUUUGGUCCGGCGGUGAGCGUGUCUUGGCUGUCGCUGCAGACUUCCCAAUCCCUGGCUUCAACACUGCCAACACAAACAAUCUUCGUUUGUGGAACGCAAGACCAACCAACGAGUUUGACUUCAACAAGUUCAAUUCGGGUGAUUACGACUCUUCCGUGGCCGCACAGCAACGUGCCGAAUCCAUCACCGCUGUGUUGUACCCUAACGACAACUUUGACAAGGGUAAAAUGUUGCGUUUGAAGCAACAAUACUUUUGGGUUGCUGCUUCUUUGCACGACAUUGUUCGUCGGUUCAAGAAGAACCACAAGCAUGACUGGGCCAAGUUCCCCGAGAAAGUGGCCAUUCAAUUGAAUGACACACACCCAACUUUGGCUGUCGUGGAAUUGCAGCGUAUUUUGGUUGAUUUGGAGAGCGUUCCUUGGGAUGACGCCUGGGACAUUGUCACCAGAACAUUUGCUUACACCAAUCACACUGUGAUGAGCGAGGCUUUGGAAAAAUGGCCUGUUGAAUUGGUUGGGAGCUUGUUGCCUCGUCACUUGGAGAUCAUUUACGACAUCAACUACUUCUUCUUGAAGAAGGUCGAGCAUUUGUUCCCAGAUGACCGUGACUUGUUGACUCGUGUGUCUAUUAUCGAAGAAGGUAGACCAAAGUCUGUUAGAAUGGCCUACCUCGCCAUUGUGGGCUCUCACCAUGUGAAUGGUGUGGCUGAGUUGCACUCGGAAUUAAUCAAGACAACCAUUUUCAAGGAUUUCGUCUCUGUUUUCGGUCCAGACAAGUUCACAAACGUCACCAACGGUAUCACUCCACGUAGAUGGUUGAAACAGGCGAACCCUGAAUUGGCUGAAUUGAUCUCCGAGGUGUUGAAAGACCCAGACUACGACUAUUUGACCAACUUAGGUAAGUUGAAGCAAUUGGAAAAGUUUGUGGAUGACGACAAGUUCUUGCGCCGUUGGGACGCCAUCAAGUUCCGCAACAAGCGUCGUUUGGCCACUUUGAUCAAGGAAGAAACCGGAAUCGAAGUGGAUCCUACUGUCAUGUUUGAUGUCCAGGUCAAAAGAAUUCACGAGUACAAGAGACAACAAUUGAACAUUUUUGCCGUGAUCUACCGUUACUUGCACAUCAAGGAGUUGUUGGAGCAAGGCGUAAGCAUCGACGAUAUUAAGUUGAAGCACUACAUCUCGAAGGCAUCGAUCAUUGGUGGAAAGGCUGCGCCAGGUUACUACAUGGCAAAGACAAUCAUCCACUUGGUUAACAUGGUUGCUGAAGUGGUGAACAAGGACACAGAAAUCGAUAACUUGUUGAAGGUGGUGUUCAUUCCAGACUAUAACGUGUCCAAGGCCGAAAUCAUCUGCCCUGGCUCUGACUUGUCUAACCACAUCUCCACAGCAGGAACAGAGGCGUCCGGUACGUCGAACAUGAAGUUUGCCUUGAACGGUGGACUCAUCAUCGGUACAGUGGAUGGUGCCAACGUUGAAAUUACCAGAGAAAUCGGCGAGGAAAACAUUUUCCUUUUCGGUAACUUGGCCGAGUCUGUCGAGGAAAUUAGACACAAGCAUCUCUAUGGCGGCGUCCAAGUUCCAGAACGGUUGCAAAAGGUGUUUAGCGCUAUUGAAUCCGGUCUUUUCGGCGACCCUAACCAGUACAAGCCAUUGAUUGACAGUAUUGUUAAGCAUGGUGACUACUACCUUGUCACUGCAGACUUUGACAUGUUCUUGGACUGCCAGGAACACUUGGAGAACAUCUAUGGCCACCACGGUGGAGACAUUGACGAUCCAGACCAUUUGCACAAGUGGGUCAAGAAGUCUGUGUUAUCGGUUGCAAACAUGGGCUUUUUCUCAUCUGACAGAUGUAUCGAUGAGUAUGCCGAGAACAUCUGGAAUGUGGAGCCACUCAACCAAUAG